AUGACUAUUAUUCCGAAUUUGACUGAUUUUUUGGAUGAAAGAGAGAAGAAAAGUGUGGCAAAUGUUAUUUUUACUGGAGAUAAGGUACUGAAAUUAAAUUUCAAAAACAAAAAUGUCUUAUUCAGAUAACUGCAUCGGGAAUUUGUCAAUUACUUCGAGAACGAAAUGGUCAAUGGGAAUUGGAAAACAGCCCCGGUGUUGUGAUUUACUCGAAAAAUAGCACAAGAAAAGAGUAUAAAAUUGCUUUUGUUGAACCUAUUGUCAAUGCGAACCCUGUGGUCCAUUUGGAAAUUAUAAUAAGGUUAGUUUUACCCCGAAAAACAAUCGAAAAUCAGCAAAAAAAUUUAAAAAAAACGUGCGCGUCAAAUUAAAUGUGUGAGUGGUGUUUGCACCGUUUCAUGCUGAAUACAGUAAUCAUUAUUUUUUAUUUUUCACUUUCGAAACUUUGAAACCGAAAAACUCUUUGUUUUCCAGAAAUAAAAGCUUCACUGUCCAACAAACUCACAAAAAUCUUGUUAUAUUUCAUGACGAUAGUCAUCGAGUAGUUGGAUUCAAUUUCUACGACACGACAGAAGCUGAAAGGUUCUGCAAAUCUCUCGAAAUGUUGAAAAGUGAGUUUUCUAUUGAUUAUCGAUUGAAAUGCAAUAUGUUUUUAGACAAGAAGCGAGAUGCUAAGAAGAAAUUUUCAUUCCGUGGAAUGUUUUCGAGUUCUAAAAAAGAAAAAGAGCUGGAAAUUGGAAAACCGACUGAUUUCAAGCAUUUGCAACAUGUUGGAUUAGAUAUGACUGCAGAUCAGGAAGAAUUAUAUAAUCGGAUUUUGCCAGGGUUGAAAAUGAAGGAAAACGAUGACAUUGCUUUAAAAGAAUUUGUGAUAAGGAAUGAGGAUAAAUUGAGGCAAUCAAUAAUGAAAGACAAGAAAAAGACACCAAAAUCUGUCAAAAAAGGUGGAUUUUUCAAAUCGAAAUCAUCGAAGAUUGAAGAAGGUGAAGAGAAAGAAGAGGAAAAACCACCAAGUUUCAAAGCACCGAUUGAUCCACUUCAUCCAAAUUGGGAAGAAGAUGGACUUGCUGUUCCACAUGUUGAUAUUCAAAAAACUAAUAAUGUGACUAACAUUCAAAUUUCGAAUUCGACACAUUUUGAACAAAAAUCUGUGAAUCAAAGUUAUAAUAAUAAUAAUGAUCAUAUGAAAUAUGAGCGAGAAGAACAAAAAGAAGAAGAGGAAGAGAAAUUUUUAACACCAAUUGUGACAAAAGUUCGACAAGAUUCUUAUGGAAUUCGAAAUCAACCACAUACUCUUUAUCGAUUUGAAAAUGAAAAUAAAAAUCUGGUGAGUUCACGUGAACUUAUGGCGUGGAAAAAAUAAUGAUUUUAAAUAAAUUUUCAACAAAGUUUGAAUUUUCAGCAGCCCGAAGCUCCUCCAGCUUUACCAAGUCGAUCCGCUUCUCGAGUUUCUCCUUCUCUUUCGCCUCGACUUCCAUCACAUCGACAAUCUUAUCGAUGGGCAACAAAUCCAGUCGAAACUGCUCCGCCACCAAAAGAAACUAAAAUUCAGGCAACUCGCGUGGCUCCUCCACCACCGCCAUUACCAACUUCAGCUCCAAAAGUUUCACUGCCACCUGUGAAUCCGCCGCCAGUUGCACCACCUCCUCCUCCCCCAGCUCCACCAUUACCUUCCGAUGGUUUCAAGAUUCGAAAAGUUGAACCAGAACCUGAAAGUGAAGAGGAAGAAGAAGAAGAGAUGGAAGAAGCUGCAAAUACUCGAAAAACAAGUUCAAUUUCAAAUGAGCGUCGAAGUUUUUUGGAUGAAAUUCAAAAUGUGGACAAAAGUAAGAUGUUGAGAAAAGUUAGCGAAGAACGACAUUCAAUAACUACUCCAACUGGUGAAAAUACAAUGAUUGAUGCGAUUCAACAGUUUUUGGAUGCACGGAGAGUUGGAAUAAAUCCAAGUGAUUCUGAAGAUUCAGAUGAUGACGAUGAUUGGAGUGAUUGA